UACUUUCAACAGUCUAUUUGCACGGGACAAGGAAGGGUAUGGCGAACUGGUCCGAGCUUUGUAAUGACAUUUUAGGACUGAUUGUGGAUCAGUUUUCGGCAAUCGAAGAUAUUGCUCAUUUUGGUGAGGUUUGCCGGUCAUGGAGAUCAGUUUCAGUCGAGAAGUGGGACUUCUCUAUUGCUGCUCCCUGGCUGAUGCUUGCAGAGAAGGAAGACAGUGACAACCGUGGCUUCUACAGUCUCUCCACCCAAAAGGUUUACCACUUGAACUUGCCAGAGGCCCGUGGCAGGAAGUGUUGGUCCUCUUGGGGUUGGUUGAUAACUUUGGGGCUUGAUUUGGAGAUUAACUUAUUAAACCCUUUUUCUCGUUCUCGAGUUCAAAUUCGGCUUCCACCUCAACCAACACUCCCCGAACAAUACAGAGUUGAAGUUAAUCCAGAAUUUAUCCGCCGAGCUUUUAUACAGAAAGCGAUAUUGUCCUCAAGACCAUCUCGUUCUUCAGCUAAAACAACCCAUUCUUCUUGUGAAGAAGAAGAAGAAGAUGAUGAAAAAUGCGUGGUUAUGGCGAUAAUCGGAGAUUACAUGAAAUUAGCAUUCUUGAGAUUGGGAGAUGAAGUUUGGACUCCUGUAGACAGUCAUAUAGGCAUUGCUAAUGUCGUCUACCUCAAUGGUCAAUUCUAUGCCAUCAAUAACAAAGGGGAAUUGUUGAUUGUUGACAUUUCCAGUCAUCAACCAAAGACGAUUGAGUUGGCUAAACCACCAGAGGACUUAAACACUUAUGCGUAUUUUUAUCUCGUGGAGUUAGUAGGAGAACUCUUUAUGCUUGCACGAGAUGUUUUUGAGGGCGAUGAAUCGAAGAAAUUCGGGGAUUACAUUCAUGAAACAGAAGGUUUUGAUGUUUACAAGUUCAAUUAUGAUAACAGGAAGUGGACGCAGGUGACGAAGAGCCUAGACAAUCAUGCGCUGUUUGUGGGUGAUAAUUCCUCCUUUGCAGUGUUGCCCUCUAACCAUUUACAUUUAGGAUGCGAACCCAAUUGUAUCUACUUCACUGAUGAUGAUACAUUUGGUCUUAGGAAAGGAAGAGGUGGUAAAGACAUGGGAGUGUUUCGGAUGGAGACUGAGGAAGUGGAUGAUCACUAUGUUGGCCCCGACAUCCUUUCUCGUAUUUGUACAUCUCUUUGGAUUUGUCCCCCUCGGUAGGAGAGAGGAGGUUGUGGCUGGAUUUGUUGCC